GCGAAUCACGCUACCCUUACCUUCCCAAUAAUAUUUCGGCUAAUCCGCAGUCGAAAGCGAUAACACGUUCCAUCCUCAAACACACGGUGCAAUUAAUCCAAGCAUUGAUUAGUUAUCUCCUUACAUUUUAGGGGGCUCAUACAUUUCAACCUGUACGUCACAAACUAGGUUUAAUCUGCAAGGGCUGGCGCUAUAAAUGAUGCAUAUUUCAGCUAGCUACCCUACAGUCCGUGAAUAACCGUUAAGAUAUGCUGAAACUAACUAUCGCGUUGGUGGCUCUAUUUGCUGUAACAGCACACUGCCGAAUAAUUCCAAACACGCCUGAUAAUGUGCGAAGGCUAGAACAUUUGAAACCGGAUGAACUGGCGGAAGAGCUAAGCGGUCAGUUUGAGGGUGACAUUCUUUUGGACGAACUGCAGCAAACGGAACUUCGCAAGCGCACCGGAGUGGUGCUGCCACAGUCCUUGUGGCCAAGCGGAGUUGUAAACUACGAAAUUGUGGAAGCCGAUUUCGACACGGCGCAGCUGAUCGCCAUUGACGAUGCCAUCAAAGACAUCGAACGGAUCAGCUGUGUGCGCUUCGUUCCCCGUACGGCAUCUACGGUGGACUACGUUCGUAUCACCGGAAGCGACUCGGGCUGCUUUUCGUACGUUGGUCGUCGUUCCGGGGCGCAGCAGUUGAACUUGGAACCGGCCAGUCCCGGAACGGGUUGCUUCCGGCAUGGAACGAUCCUUCACGAGCUGAUCCAUACGUUGGGGUUCUAUCACAUGCACAGUGCCAGCGAUCGCGAUCAGUUCGUGACUAUUCAGUGGCAGAACGUGCGGGAAGGGGCGGAGGCGAACUUCCAACACUACGGCACGGAUAAAAUCACGGAUUUCGGUAUGGGCUAUGACUAUGGUAGCAUCAUGCACUACAGUGCCACGGCAUUCAGCAAAAACGGCCAAAGGACGAUCAGCCCUAAGGUGAGCAGCGCCUCGAUCGGCCAGCGGUUUUGGAUGAGCGAAAAUGACAUCUGGCGGAUUUGGAAGAUGUACGGGUGCUCGUGAAGGUUAUUUUCCGUUAUGUAGAGAAUUAAGCAACUUUAGGACAUUUAAGAUCACUAUAAUUUUUCAACACCCAUUUGUAUCAAUCAAUUCCCUUAAUGCAACAACUAGAUAACUCGAAAGUUCAAAUUUUGGGAUGUGCAACUCUGAAAAUAUGACCGUGAUAUAUGACAAUAGCAUGAUAUAUGAUAAUAGGGGUACCGGGGGCAGUAUGGACACCCGGGGCAGAAUGGACACCCCCUGUAUCUUUGCAUAGGCGAAUACUUUUACACUUUUAAUGCAAACAAUAUUUCAGUUGCCUAUCGGAAGAGUAAACUAUCCAUUAAAAUUUCAGAAAAAAUGUCCAAAACAUUGAUUUUAAAUCGAAAAAUUGAGCAUGAUUUUAUUUGGUUCG